AUGGCUGAACUCAAGACUGUUUUGAUCUCCCUGGCUAUGGCCUCGGCCGUCCAGGCCGGUGCAAUUCAACAACGCGCCGCGUCCAAGACUCAGCCUAACUGGUUUCAAACCUCGCCAGACAACUAUGCUGGUACCAUUGAGACUGGUGCUGCGCCUUUCCUGGCACAGACCAACCCAGCUCCCUUUGGACAGGCUACCUAUGUCCCUAACGCUCCGCUAGAGACAUCGGAGCCCAUCAAUGGAGCCAAGGGUCGAAAUAUCUUCCACCUGAUGGGUGAUCAGUGCCCCUACUUCUCUCCAGAAGACGGCUUCGGAGUCGACGAGUACCCCCUUCCCAAGGGUGCCAACAUUACCCAAAUGCACCUGCUGCACCGUCAUGGUUCUCGCUACCCAUCUGCCUCUGAGGGCCUCAGCUCUUGGGCAGCAGAUAUUGCCAAGGCCUCCAAGAAUGGAACUGGCUUCACCGGAAAGCUGGAGUUCCUGAAUGACUGGACCUACAACCUGGGUGAGGAAAUUCUUGUCCCUGUCGGUCGCCAGGAACUCUUUGACAGUGGUGUUCUUAACUACUAUAACUAUGGCCACCUCUACCAGAACAACACCAAGAUUGUGGCUCGUACUACUUUGCAGUCUCGCAUGCUGGAGAGUUGUGAGAACUUCUUGGCCGGUUUCUUCGGUCUUGGAUGGCGUGACCAUGCCAACAUUCUCGCCACUAUUGAUCCUACUGUCACUGGUGACUACGCGUGCACCAAUGAGUUAACAACCCUGGAAGAGUCGAUCGAGAUUCCUGUUGGCACUUGGGAGGAAACAUACUUGGCUAACAGGACCGCUCAGUUUAAGACUAUGGCUGGAUCGUAUGACUGGACUUUCACUGACACUUUCCAUGCUCAGAGCCUGUGUCCUUAUGAGACUAUCAGUGUUGGCUACAGCCCCUUCUGUGAGCUGUUUAACUAUGAGGACUGGGAGGGCUAUCAGUACCUGAUGGAUAUUGAGUUCGCCGCUAUGUCUGGUUUCCUCAGUCCUACCGGUCGUGCACAGGGUAUCUACUGGGUUGAGGAGUUCCUCUCUCGCGUUGAAGGCCACUAUGUCGACAUUCCUGCCAACCAGACCGGUUGCAACAUGACUCUCGACACCAACCCCGUGACUUUCCCUCUUAACCAGACCCUGUACUUUGAGUUCACUCACGAUGCAAACAUUAUCUCCAUCUUGACUGCAUUUGGCCUUACCCAAUUCAACGAUUUCCUGCCCCUUACUGGGCCGAAGAAGAACCAGCAGUUCUCGACUGCCAAGUUGGUCCCCUUUGGUGGUCGUCUGAACAUUGAAAUCAUCAGGACACCCCACCAGGUCUCCACCAAGCGUUCCUCCAAGCAGACCAAGUCUGGUGACUACAUCUCUGGAACCGGAGAGACCCUUUAUGUGCACUUUAUUCAGAACCAGCGUACCAUUCCUCUGCACUCCAGCUUUGAGGCUUGCGAGUACCGCGAGGAUGGUUGGUGUGAGCUGUCUACUUUCUUGGAGGUCCAGAAGAAGAGUGUGGCUGAUGCCGAGUAUAACUAUGCUUGCUUCGGAAACUGGACCAUGAAGAGCUAUGGUUCAGUGCUGAAUGGUGUCCCUGCUUAA